AUGGCCCAUGUCAAGAAACAACCAACAGUUCGUAGCCGCUAUACUCGACCUGCGCAUCCAGAAGCUCCCCUUACUUCUGGAGGAGAGGAAUCGAAGAAGAUCCGCCUGCGCCACCCUGGCUAUGCCGACUCUGAUAAUAUCCUCAUUUCGCUCGUCGCGCUUGAUGAUGGUGGCCUCCACCACGAGACGGCACGCGUGGCCUGUGCUGUGCUCGCAGAUUUUCGAUGGAACGGCUACUUAUCCCUGACAACAACAGGCGAGCCGAUCGAAGAGGGCUCAGACGAUAUACUGACCGAGGGCAACUAUUACUUUCACGUGCCCGACUUGCCUAAAUACGACGUCGUCGCCAACUUUGACAGUUGUAUUUUUCCUCAUGGCAGACUGCCGCCGUCAUGGCUGUCUCCCUUGCUGCGACUCCCGAACGCCAUCGAUCAACCUCGCGAGACAAGCUGCAAUAAUGUCGUGCUUACUCGUGACGUUUCAUGCCGCGUGACGAACGCCACACUCUGUACAGAAGGCGCGCAUCUUCUUCCAAAGUCUGAAGAAUCAUGGUAUACGAAGAAUUCCAUGUUCCAAUACUCUGCCUGGGAAGAAAAAGGAACACCGGAUGAUCCCAGAAACGUGAUACUACUUCGAUCCGACGCCCAUACUCUCUUUAACGCAAAGCGCCUCUUGAUUGUACCAAAAAGGGAUAAGUGGUUGACACACGUCCUGUACGGAAAGCCUCAGGAUGAACUCGCGCAAUCCUUUCACAACAUCCAUCUGCAACCGCUUACGGAUAUCUCGGUGGAAUUCCUAUUCGCGCGGUUCGUCUGGACAAUCCACGCUCUCAGCACCUUCACGCUUUCAGGCGGUAAGCGGGCAUUGCUAGUGCUGAAAGCUGGCGAAACGCAAAGGCAACGGAUCGAGGUCACAGGGAUGCAAUACAAAACUGAGCUCACGGCACGUUCAAAGACAGCAAGUCGGACCCCAAGCCCUAAUAAACGUCGCCGGGAUGACACAGGUAUAGAAGCCGCUAUGUCUCAGGAUUUCGAUGAUCAAGAGAGAGGUCGGCCACGGAAGAGGAGAAUGUCAUCCGAAACUGCAUCUACAGUAUCCCUCGAGGAAUACGAACAAUAUGCAUCAGUGUUUAUUUCACUUGCGAACAGUGACGAGGAGGAAAUCGGGUGUAAUGUCACUACCACCCAAGGUCCCUUUUAA